AUGGAUCCGGCAUUCAAAUGUUUUUCAGACGAUCAGCUACGAUUAUCCGGAUCCCAGUUAGAAACCUUCCUCAACACCGUCGUUUUCCCACCGCUAUGUGCUUUUGGUAUCGUCGGAAAUACAUUGACAAUUAUGGUUCUGAUCAGUAACGAUCUUAUGUCAAGAGCAAAUAUUUUCCUGACAUGUUUGGCGAUUUGUGAUGUCUGCUUACUGAUUCUGAUGAUUCCACACUCAAUGGCUCAUUUCGACUAUUUCGCCUUCAGACUGUUCUUUCGCUAUCCGUACCUUCGGUCGAAAAUUCAUUUAUUUGCUUUGGCGAACUGGACAUCGGCAGUAUCCAUAUGUACCCUAUUGAGAUACCUAGGAAAUCCAAUCGAAGCAUCCUUCAUCUUUUCAUUCUCCUACGUGUUUAUUCCCAGCUUAAAUUUCAGAUGGCAAUCGAACAGCACUAAUCCGUCAUCUCAUCUCCUCCGACAAUACGUGAAAUGGAUGCGAGCAGCAAAUGUCGCAUUAGUGGUCGUUAUACCGCUGGUAUUUCUGGUCGUACUCAAUUCUAUGUUGAUGUAUUAUGUGAAGAAACGG